AAUUAUACACUCAUGGAACCGUGAGCAGCUCAAGACUAUGAUGCUUGGUGGCAACAACCGCGCUCAGGGGUUCUUCAAGCAAUAUGGAUGGACCAACGGUGGAAAUAUUGAGGCUAAGUACUCUUCACAAGCUGCUCUUUUGUAUAGCCAAAUUCUUGCUAAGGAAGUUGUUGAAGCCAUGGCGGAAGAAUCUACUACUGGUCUACCUCCUGCCAAGGAAAGUACCAGUGCCAUUUAUUUGCCUAAAGCUUUUUAUCCAGUUUUUCCCAGUACGUUUACUAAACCUAUAUGUACCAGUGCCAUUUCUUUGCCUGAAGCUUUUUAUCCAGUUUUUCCCAGUACGUUUACUAAACCUAUAUGUGAAAAAAGGACGAGAACAAUUGGUGCACCAAAUCCUCCUACUACCAAGCCAAAGGAAAACCUCUAUGAGCAAGAAUUUGCACCGCCGUUUCUCACUGAAUCAUCUUCAACUAAUGACAGCGGAAUGGAAGCAUCAGCUGGUUCGUCCUUUGCCUCUCAGUUUGAGUACAAUGACGACUUGCAAUCUGGAAUGCACGGCAGUUGUCGUAGAAGAGUGCUUAGCCCUGUUGCUCCACCUAAUUCAUUAAGCUUCUCUGCAGAUCUCCGAAUGGACAGUUCUUUGCCCAAGGAAUCAAGCCCCAGCUCGUCGAAAGUUCUAGUUGAAGAAUCAGAUGAAGCAAGAAAGACGUUUUCAAACGCCAAUUCCAUAUCCUCCUCUGCUCAGUUUUCCGGUGAGAAGUUGUCGAAUGCUUUCUCAUCGCUAACGAUGGAGCUCGGAACUAUGUCCUCUGCGUUCACUCGUGGUCUAAAAGAUGUAUUCCAGUUUCGAGGGUAUCCUGAUGUCAAUGGUCUCCGUAGGGAUGUGAUAGAUUUGACGCAGAAAUUACAUAGCCUAGAAGCUCUUACCAUCCCUUGGGAAACUCGUAUGAAAUGGGUCGACAAAUUGUGUGUCCGAGUCGAGAGAGGUACAAUCGGGGCAUUUGAAGGGGAUCUACAGAGAAUAAUUAGGAGACUCCGGAACGAUGUCAGGGCCUUGUCCAGGCUACUUGAACAUGAGAGAUGUAAAAAUAGGGGAGAAGGGUUAAAACUCGACUAG